AUUCAGCGCCCCCGUCUUUAUUUAUUAACUGCUUUAGUUCAAGGAGUGUCUCCGGCUGUUUCUUCUCCUCGUCGAAGAUCAUGGACUUCGAAGCUCAGGCUCAGAGCUCGGACGGUUCGUCGACGUCUUCAAAGCUGGUUCUUUACUCUUUCUGGCAGAGCUCCUGCUCGUGGCGUGUUCGCUUUGCGUUGAAUCUCAAAGGGCUUUCUUACGAGUACAGAGCAGUGAACCUUGGGAGAGGAGAGCAAUUAAGUCCAGAUUUUGAGCGCCUAAAUCCUCUCAAGUAUGUUCCUGUAUUAGUAGAUGGUGCUGUGGUAGUUUCAGACUCUUUCGCGAUUUUACUGUAUUUGGAAGAGAAAUAUCCACAGAAGGCGCUGCUGCCUGCUGAUCUUCAUUUAAAAUCUCUGAAUCUGCAAGUGGCAAGUAUUGUCAGCUCAAGCAUACAGCCUCUUAUUAUGUUGGGAUUGCUGAAAACUAUCGAGGAAAAAUUUGGUCCAGAAGAGCAACUACCAUGGGCUCAGACUAAUAUAGAAAAGGGUUUCAAUGCUCUAGAGAAACUGCUGAAGAAUUUUUCUGCCCGAUAUGCGCUGGGAGAAGAAGUAUAUAUGGCUGAUGUAUUUUUGGCUCCCCAAGUUUCAGUUGCUUUUGGGAGGUUCAACAUUGACUCGUCCAAGUUCCCUACUUUAGCAAGGAUUUAUGAAUCUUACAAGAUGUUACCAGAAUUCCAAGCCUCCUCACCAGAAAGGCAGCCCGACGCCCUUCACUAGUUCUGUCAUCUCCACAUGGUCACAAGAGCUCUAUUUUAACAUUUAGCUAUUCGUAUCAACAGCUGCCCGUCUAGCUCAGUUGGUAGAGCGCAAGGCUCUUAACCUUGUGGUCGUGGGUUCGAGCCCCACGGUGGGCGGAAGGUCUCCUUUUUAUGUAAUUCGGUUUUGCCCUUUUUAAAUUUUCAUGCUAAAUACUCUCUCCAUUUCUUUCUUUAUUUUUAAAUUUUCAUGCUAAAUACUCUCUCCAUUUCUUUCUUUAUCCACUUAAUUUUACUUUUAGGAGACCACACGGUUUUUGCUAUGAAAUUUGGUUGAUCUGGUUAUCAAAAAAAUUACCCGUCUAGUUCAA